AUGGAAAACACAAGAUGGAUAAAAGCUGAAAUUAAAAAUGUAAACGAUGGCUCUGUAGCCAGAGAAGUCUUGGCCAACGAGACAAAUUCCUUUGUCAGAGAACUCAAUCACUAUGAAAAAAAUCUUAAGGAUAUUCUUGAAGAACUAGAGAAUCAAAACAUAACUAACAAGGAAGAAGGAAUUUCGUCCGUUAAGAAAGCCUUGGAGGUGUUAGAAACUCUUGAAAAAGAUGUCAGCUCAGCAGUUCCUGAAGAGACAUCUAUUUGGACGAAAGACUUUUUCAAAGCUGUUGAUAGACUAAGAGAUAGUUGUAAUCUAUCACUCAAGUCACUUGAGGAGGCUCUUGAAAAAUUUCUGGCCUAUAUUGAUAAUAACUCGGAUCUAAAGGGAGAUCUUUUGCAGAAGGCCAAGCUCAUUCCCCUUCUGUGUGCAUCUAGCAAGCUUAAAGAAUUUUCUUCGGGUAUAAGGAAGUCGGGGACCAAUGCCUUUACGUGGUUUUUUAAGUUUGUUAGAAGGAUUCCCGUCGAGAAUUUCAAGAAGAACAUUAACUCGAGCUUAAAUGGCCUAAAGGAAAAGAUUUGCCGUGUAUCUGGAUCCCAAAGAGCAACAGGGAAGCAAGAAAUCCGGGAGGCACAGAAGAUUGUGGAUUCUUUUUUACGCGAUGUAACCGAACUUCAGGAUGAAUAUGAGAAAACUCUUGGCCUUCUUAUAAGAUCGGAGAUAUCCUUUUCAGAUGCAUUUGAGACUAUGCAGGGAAAGAUAAGUAACUUUGAUGGCCACAUGAGUGAUCUGGAAAAGAAGAUUAAAGACAUCGAAACAGCUUUCCAACCCAUCCUUCUUUCCAAGGAAUCCCACGAAAGAUCGUUGCCUGAAGAUAGUUUUCUUAAGAACAUAUAUCUUGUGUUGAUAAUUGUGUUAUGCAUACAGGGUGUUCUCUGGUACACAGACAAUGAAAAGUCUUCUGCUGGAACUGUGUGGAACAUGGUAGUGUACUCUGUGGCAGUUGUGGGGACGAUUCUGUACAUGGCCUGGGUGUGGGGAUUUGGCGGAAGGAGAUGGACUAGUGCUGCGAGCAUGGUACCUAUGAUGGUUGGGCUUCUGAAUUUGGGGAAGAGGGUGAGCUGUGAGUACGGGAUGGAGAUGGCAGGGCUUGGGUUUGUAAUGGUUUGUAUGGAGAGUCUUGCAAGACACGGGAUGUCAUCAUGGGAGAUUUUGGCAGGAUUGAUCGGAAAUGGAAUUGUAGUGAUGGGAUGGGUCAGUUGGGCUACAAUGAGGGAUAGAUAUGGAGAGAGGAUGAGCCAGUGGAUGUGUGGGGGACUUAUUGUGUUUGGAAUUCUCAUGGCUGUGAUGAUGUAUAUGAAGGAAGGGAGAAAUGUGGAAAGGAGCACUGGAAGUUAUAUGGUGUUUAUUAUGACAGUGGUUGUUGGAACAGCUGUGUCUUAUGCAUGUGGAAAGGAUUACAGACAACUUGCAUCUAAGAGAAUGUCUCUGAAAUCUUGA